CGGAUAUGACGGAAAUACUGUGCGCCGGAUAGCCCGCGUUGUCUGGUCGUGUUUGAAGACAGUACACAUUAGAUUUCAUAAAAACAAACUGUUUUUAAAGGACAAUAUUUGUGCGUUUGUGAAAGCAUAAAGGGUGAGUGAAGAGUUGGAUGUAUUCUGUGAUUGCCAGACAAAUAUUUGAAACAAUGUCGGAUGAAGACGAAGUUCCAAUUGUGAAAAGGGCCAGAAUCUUCUAUGGAAGCCUUGAAGAAAAGGAGAAGGAGCGUCUUAGUCGUCUUAGUCGUGAUGGAACAUCUACCAAAGAUGCUGUUAAAGCUGGCAUUGAUUCUGGACAUAUUAAUAUCUCCAGUGGUGAGUCCAUGGAGAUGGAGGAGCGCGUGAGUGAGCGUCAGGCUGAAGUGCUGGCAGAGUUUGAGCGCAGAAAAAGAGCCAGACAAAUCACAGUCUCCACUGAUGAUGUGGAGGUCAAGGCCUGCCUCCGAGCUCUUGGCGAGCCAAUCACGCUGUUCGGGGAGGGGCCUGCGGACAGACGGGAGAGAUUGAGGAACGUUCUUUCAGUAGUUGGUCCUGAUGCCUUGAAGAAAUCAAAGAAAGAGGAUGACAAAUCUAAACGCUCUCAAGAUGAGUAUCAGCAGACAUGGUACCAUGAAGGACCUUCAUCUCUGAAGGAGGCACGUCUUUGGUUAGCCAAGUAUUCACUGCCCAGAGCAGUGCAAAGGUUAGAUGAUGCAAGAGCCCAAAGAGAGAUUCCAGAGUCUACAAGAACAGUUAAACAACAAGAGCUUCACAAGAACCUCCGGAAUGUGAAUAACUUCUGCAGUCAAAUUGGUGAUGACCGUCCAAUAUCUCACUGCCAGUUUAGCCCCAACUCUAAGCUGCUUGUGACGGCAUCAUGGAGUGGCUUGUGUAAAUUGUGGAAAGUUCCAGAUUGUACGCUAAUUCGCACAUUAAGAGGUCACAUUACCAACGUGGGAGCGAUUAGCUUUCACCCUCAAGCCACACUCACACUUGAGGAGUCGGAUGUCAAUAUGGCCUCCUGUGCUGUCGAUGGAUCCGUUAAGCUGUGGAGUUUAGACAGUGAUGAGCCAAUAGCAGACAUUGAGGGGCACUCUAUGAGGGUGGCUCGGGUGGCCUGGCAUCCCUCUGGACGGUUUUUGGGCACAACUUGCUAUGAUAACUCAUGGAGACUUUGGGAUCUUGAGGUCCAAGAAGAAAUUCUGCAUCAGGAGGGUCACAGUAAAGGUGUCCAUGACCUGCACUUCCACCCAGACGGCUCUCUGGCAGGAACUGGUGGUUUGGAUUCAUUUGCCCGUGUCUGGGACCUUCGGACUGGUCGUUGCAUCAUGUUCCUGGAGGGCCACCUCAAAGAGAUCUACAGCCUCAAUUUCUCACCAAAUGGCUUUCAUGUGGCAACAGGAAGUGGCGAUAACACCUGUAAAGUGUGGGACCUUCGUCAAAGAAGGUGUAUAUACACAAUCCCUGCCCAUCAGAACCUCGUGUCCUCAGUCAAGUUCCAACCUAACGAUGGCCAUUAUUUGCUGACUGGUGCAUAUGACAACACAGCAAAAGUGUGGACCCAUCCUGGCUGGUCACCUCUGAAGACUCUGGCGGGGCAUGAGGGGAAGGUCAUGGGACUGGACCUUUCACCUGACGGACAGCUCAUUGCAACCUGCUCUUAUGACCGAACCUUCAAACUCUGGAUGGCAGAAUGAGAUUCUCUUCCUCUUGAUAUAUUUUCAUUUUACAUUUUAGUUAUACUGGCUUUUAUUUUUUACGUUUAUUUUUUUAAAGAGCUGGAAAACAACACAGGAAAUAUUUAAACUGGAAGCUGAUUGACCGUUUGGUUCAAUUCAUCAAAUCAUGAAUACAAACAAAUGUUUCCCAUAGUUUGAGUUGUGUUGUAACAAUCAUCUGUUAUUCUAUUGGAUUGUCUAAGAUCUGAAAUCCAGUCUGUCCAUUCUUCCAUCUUUAUCAUAUUAAAAGUAUGUCCAUACAUCCUCGUCCAUUUUGAACACAA